UUCAGCAGAUCCUCAGAAUGAAGGUCAAUGGGGAACAAAAAAAGGAAAACAGAUAGCACAGGGGCUCAGGUCAAUGACACCCCGCAAUGCAGGACAACGAGGGAGGGAGACCUGAGAAGCACAGAAGAACUGCUCAAUCGCUGCAAAGGAAGGAACCGGAGAUUAGAGUGAUAUCAUGGAACAUAAACAGGUUGGCGCAGAUCUUGGACAACUCGGACAAGUGGAACAACUUCGUCAACUACACAGGCUGGUUUGCCCAGGAUCCUCCAGACUUUGUAUGCUUACAAGAAACUCAUUUGACUACCUCAGAGGAACAUGAGCAGGUCAAAAAUAGGAUCAUUCAAAGACUGAGAUGGGUUGCGGCAGACUUCUGGGCCCCUGCUCCACGAUCUCAUUCCGCAGGAGUGGCAAUUCUUCAAAACAAGCGGGCCCCCUUAGGGAGGAAGUUAAGUAUAGAGGAGGUAAGGGUAGAUGACGGCGAGGGGAGAUGGAUUAAGCUGAACUUUCUUUUUCAGGAAGAGCAGUUCUCUCUCUUCUCCAUCUAUGCGCCCAACACACUCAGACCAAGAGCACAGCUAAUGGAGGAGCUGCAGGCCUUAAUAGACCCCACUAGGCAUGUCACAUUAGCAGGCGAUUGGAAUGCGGUAUUAGAACCGCCUCGGGAUAGGAUGUCAGGGGGAGAGAGAGGACGGGAGAACGCACUAGGAGAGGAAGCACUCCCAAUUCACAACAUGAUGACCUCUUUUGACCUGAUCGAUCCUUAUAGGCUAUACUUUCCGGAGGAUAGACAGUUUACAUACUACAAGAGGAACAGGAGCCAACACGUGUCCGCAUCGAGAAUAGAUUUCUUUUUGAUCUCUCAAACAGUCACGGGAAUGAUUCACUCAGUGGGCAUAGGCGAUCCUCCUUACUUCAGUGGGUUAGAUCACAAACCCAUCUUUUUACAUUUAUCCACGGACAAGCAAGUCAAGAGAGGGAAGGGGUUCUACAAGUUGAACAACUCGAUCCUCCAAACCUCAGAAAUGAGGCAAGCCAUGCUGCAAUGUUGCCUCAACCAUGACCCGGACAAACAAUCCCUCCCAGACCUCUUGAACUCUAUGAGCAGAGCAUCGGCGACAGCGGCUAGACACUUAGCAGGCAAAAGGAAGGCCCGGGAAGCGGAGCUCCAGCAAGCACUACGUAUAGCCGACUCCAACCUCGCUAAGAACCCAGGGUCAGACCUGUACGAGAGGGUAUGGAACGCAGCAAGAGAGGAAUUGGGAGCAUGGGUGUGCUGGAGGUCCAAGGGGCUACAGAUGAGAGCAAGGGUUAGGGACUGGGAGGAGGGAGAAAGAAUGACGAAGUAUUUCUUUCAGAAAAUCAGGUCCAAGGGGCGGAGCUCCACAAUAGAGCAGCUUCAAACACCGGRAGGACAAGUGUCAACAGCGGAGGAGAURGUUGCGGUGGCUCAUCAAUUCUACAGCGCCCUAUAYAYGUCGAGAGAACAGGACYAUGCCCAACAGCAGGUGCAGGGGGCCAGAUCGAAGUUCCUAACCCAUCUAGAGCGGACGGURACUAGUGUGCACGCGGAGAUGUUGGAGGCCCCACUCACCCAAGAGGAGCUCUGGGCUGCACUCAAGUCAAUGACGCCCAACAAGACUCCAGGAAGGGAUGGCCUGACRAGGGAGUUCUGGCUUGAGUAUUGGCCARUCCUAGGGAGUGAAUAUAUGGCAUUCCUAGAGAGAGCCUGGCAAUCAGAGGGGCUGGGGCAGGACGCGGCCACARSCAUCGUCACUUUGCUSUAUAAAAAGGKGGAUCCUAAGGAUAUCAAGAACUACAGGCCUAUUACCUUGCUGACACUUACUCACAAGAUUGUAGCGAAGGCCUUGGCCAACAGACUUAGGAAGGUAACUAGAGGCUGCUUUCAUUUAGAUCAGACCGRCUUCAUCCCCGRCCGAUUCAUACUGGACAAUGUUAUGACGUUGUCAGAAUCAGUUCGCUACAUUAAGGAUAAGAGAAUCAAUGCGGCAAUUUUAUUCUUCGACUUCGAGAAGGCGUAUGAUCAAGUAAACUGGGGGUUUCUCCAGCAGUGCAUGGAAAGGAUGGGGGUUGGRCCCAACUUCAGGAAGUGGAUACGAGUGCUAUACAACGACGCACACGGCCAAGUGCAAGUGAAUGGCCACCUGUCACAGUCGUACAGGAUGUCGAGAUCGGUCCGACAGGGAGACCCCUUAGCAGCGCCCAUCUUCCUGUUUAUAAUGGAGGCGGUCGCAUCCUUCCUUAGAAAGGAUCCCUCCAUCCAGCGUCUGACGGCGGAACCAGACCAGCAGGGAAGACUGAUCCACUUGCCRACGACACUCCUCUUCGCCGACGACCUGACGGUACUGAUCCGGGCAUCGAACUCUUCAUUCGAAGCACUCACCAGAGCAAUGCUGGCCUUCCRGUUAGCAUCCGAAAUGAAAAUAAACURGCAAAAGACAACCGGAUGGUGGCUACACUACGCUGAAGGAGAGGGACAGAGGCCGGACAGCACACCGGAAGGAAUGCACUGGGUAACAGCAGAGGAACCCCUGCGCUACUUAGGAAUCAGCUUAGCAGAAACGGGCCCGCACCGCUCAAUGGCUCCARAGAUUCUAGCAAAAAUACUCUCUAAAUUAGGGGCAUGGUCAACGGUCUACACCUCACUCUUCGGGAGAGCGCUAAUCUUAAACGCUUCCAUCUUCUCCAUGAUGUGGUACGUGGGCACGAUUUGGACGCCACCRGAGCAGUCAGUUAAGGAAUUAAGAAGAAGAUCAGCAGCCUUUCUAUGGACAGCAAACCCUAGCAAGCAGAACUUCAUAUCCAAAGUCGCCUGGAAGCAUGUUWCCAAGCARARGGAGCAGGGGGGACUAGGCAUACUAGAACCAGAGCAACAGAUGAAGGCGCUGCAAACGAAGUGGGUGGUGAAACUCAUCACUCAUCCUCAGCUGCCAUGGGCACCCCUGGCUUUAGAGCACAUCAGAAGUCUGGCCAAAUACAAAACUCCCGCCAACAUGUCUGGGCUGUUCUGGGUAAUGAGUAAAUCCUGGACGCAGAGGAGAAAGUGCGGGGGGKAAGAGACAUUGGACGUACUAGAAGGGAAGGGAGGGUCCUACUGGGYGCAGCUCCUAAAGCUUUGGAGAGACAUCUUCCCAGCAAGGGUGAGGGAACCACGCAAUAGGGAGGAGGUGCUACRCCARCCGCUAUUCUGCARUCCUUGGAUCAAAGACAGGCAAGGGAAGCCGCRCAAUCUUACAGCACGGGAUUCGAAAUGGGGAACCUGGGUAGAACAUGGAGUUUGGCAGGUCAGACRUUUAUGGUCCGAAGAGCAGAGGCGGUGGAAGACAGCAUGGGAACUUCGUUUUGACAUGAAGGGCACUCACAAGCUGCUAGAAAACCUGAAUGAUCUCCUCGUCUCCAUCCCAACGGAAUGGGUAAAGCUGUUAGAAAAGGGACCACAGUGGGAGGGGGGGGACUGGGCUACGUGGGAACAGGAGCUUAAGCCGGAAGAGGCCUUCAGGAUAAGGGGUAGGACGGGCCCAGGGGAGACAUGGUUACUAGCAGAUAUGUACACAAUAGAAGAGGCAGGGGCUACGACGAGUCAGCUGGACAAGGCAUYGGCCACCCCGAUAGCAAUCUUAACAAGUGCAGUGCGGAAGAUCAGGGUGGUGGAGACGGACAGCUACACAAUCUAUGCCCCGGCCAUGGCACUAGAAGACUUGGAGGUAGACCCAGCAGAAUGGGCAUGGAACCUCAGGGGUGGAAGGCUGAGGGYCACCAGGAGAAUAAACAUACUACAUUACUCAACCCAUCUGGGAUACAGACUCAGAAGGAGGUCCCACCCACUGGCAGAUUCUCUGGCCACAAGAUGGGAAAGGAGGCUGGAAGUGCCUAGGGCACAGGUUGCUCACCUGCCGUGGUCAACACUGAACACCAUAAGGUUAGGCAGGGUUAAAAGCAUGCAAUGGCUGAUUUUCCACGUGGCGCUCCCAGUUAAUGCCUGGUUGUACGAGCGCUGAAGCCACCAUCAGAGAGAUCAGGUCAACAAAAAAUGCCACCUCUG